CCCCCACACAGUUCGAAGGCUCGUCCCCCAAUCGAGACGUGGGGACGGGGAAACCACGCCCACCGCGCCAGCGAGGCCACGCCCCCAUCGCCAAAUAAGGCGGGGGAGGGGCGGGAUCGCCCCCCAGCCCCUCCCCCUCUAUCGCGACAGCGGCGGGAUGCUCCCGGCGCUGUCGCGGGCGGGUGGGGGAGGGGCGCCGCCCCUCCCCCCGCCCCGGGUGCUGCUGCUGCUGCUGCUGGGAUUUGGGGCGGGGGUCGCGGCGGGGGCGGGGCCCUUCCGGCCCGUGGUGAUCGUGCACGGCCUGUUCGACAGCCCCAGCGACUUCCGGCACCUGCGGCAGUUCAUCAACGAGAGCCACCCUGGCACGGAGGUGACGGUGCUGGACCUGUUUGACCGCGGCGCGUCGCUGCGGCCGCUCUGGCUGCAGGUCGCCGGCUUCCGCCAGGCCCUGGCGCCCAUCAUGGCCAACGCGGCCCACGGCGUGCACCUGCUGGGCUACAGCCAGGGGGGUCUCAUCUGCCGGGCCCUGCUGGCCACGACCCCCGACCACAACGUGCAGAGUUUCAUCUCGCUGGCGGCGCCGCAGAUGGGGCAGUACGGGGACACCGAUUACCUGAAGUGGCUUUUUCCCCGGCACAUGAAAUCCAACCUGUACCGGCUCUGCUACACCCCCCUGGGCCAGGGCGUGUCCAUCUGCAACUACUGGAAUGACCCCCACCACCGGGACCUUUACCUGAACAGCAGCGAUUUCCUGGCGCUGCUCAACGACGAGAGGCUGCACCCCAACGCCUCAGAGUGGAAGCGGAACCUGCUGCGGAUCCAGCGCCUGGUGCUGAUCGGGGGCCCCGACGACGGCGUCAUCACCCCCUGGCAGUCCAGCCUCUUUGGGUUCUACGACGCCAACGAGACCGUGCGGGACAUGGAGGCGCAGCCGGUGUUCCUGCAGGACACGUUUGGGCUGAAGUCGCUCUGGGCCCGGGGGGCUCUCGGGGGCUGCUCCGUGCCCGGGGUCCCGCACACGGCCUGGCACAGCCACAGGGGGGUCUACGAGCGCUGCAUCCGCCCCUGGCUCACCUGAGGGGCACCUAUAGGGGAUUUAUAGGGUUUUAUUGGGGUUUUAUUGGGGUUUGAUAGGGUUUUAUUGGUAUUUAUUGGGUUUUAUUGGGAUUUAUUGGGGGUUUAUUGGGAUUCAUUGGGGUUUCUGUGGGGCUGGCACAGCCACAGGGGGGGUCUGCGAGCGCUGCAUCCGCCCCUGGCUCACCUGAGAACCUGCUGUAGGGCAUUUAUAGGGUUUUAUUGGGGUUUGAUAGGGUUUUAUUGGGGUUUUAUUGGGGUUUGAUAGGGUUUUAUUGGGAUUUAUUGGUAUUUAUUGGGGAUUUAUUGGGGUUUAUUGGGAUUUAUUGGGGUUUCUGUGGGGCUGGCACAGCCACAGGGGGGUCUGCGAGCGCUGCAUCCGCCCCUGGCUCACCUGAGGGAUCUCUAGGGUUUUAUUGGGGUUUUAUUGGGAUUUAUUGGGGUUUUGUUGGGAUUUAUUGGGGUUUGAUAGGGUUUUAUUGGUAUUUAUUGGGGUUUUAUUGGGAUUUAUUGGGAUUCAUUGGGGAUUUAUUGGGAUUCAUUGGGGUUUCUGUGGGGCUGGCACAGCCACAGGGGGGUCUACGAGCGCUGCAUCCGCCCCUGGCUCACCUGAGGGGCAUCUCUAGGGGAUUUAUAGGGGAUCUAUAGGGUUUUAUUGGGGUUUUAUUGGUAUUUAUUGGGAUUUAUUGGGAUUUAUUGGGAUUUAUUGGGGAUUCAUUGGGGUUUAUUGGGGUUUCUGUGGGGCUGGCACAGCCACAGGGGGGGUCUGCCGCCCCUGGCUCACCUGAGGGGCACCUAUAGGGGAUCUCUAGGGGAUCUAUAGGGGUUUAUAGGGGAUUUAUUGGAGUUUUAUGGGUUUUUAUUGGGUUUUAUUGGGUAUUUAUUGGAGUUUGGUAGGGUUUUAUUGGGGUUUAUUGGGAUCUAUGGGGAUUUAUAGCGUUCUAUAGGUGAUCUGCAAGGUUUUAUUUGGAUUUAUUGGGGUUUUAUUGCAGUUUAUUGGGGUUUUGUUGGGAUUUAUUGGGAUUUAUUGGGGAUUUAUUGGUAUUUAUUGGGGUUUCAUAGGGGUUUAUUGGGGUUUAUUGGGAUUUUUUGGGGUUUAUAGGGUUCUAUAGGGGAUCUAUAGGGGAUUUAUAGGGUUCUGGAGGGGAUCUAUAGGGUUUAGAGGAGAUUUCUUGGGUUUUGUUGGGGUUUUAUUUGGGGUCCCUGUAGGGGAUUUGGGGUUCUUUGGGGUCUCCAUAGGUUCCCUGUAGGGGAUUUGGGGGUUCUAUAGGGUCUCUAUAGAGGAUUUGGGGUCUCUGUAGAUUCCCUAUAGGGGAUUUGGGGGUCUCUAGAGGG